AUGGCCAGCUCCUCGACCCGCUCCCCUCCAGUGGGAUCAUCAGUGACGCCCUCGUCCAUCCUCUCGCCAGACAAUGCCAUCGCCGCGGCAGAACACCCGCACCACAACCCACCAUCUUCAUUGCCGGCAUCACCACCACCGCCACCACCACCAACUGCCACCGCCGCCGCGCCCACACCUCGCUCGUCGGGAGGGUACACGCUCGCAGCCACGUUUGCGGCCGCCGGGUUAGGCAACGCGCUCUCGGCCUGCUGCACCAACCCGGCCGACAUUGUCAAGGUGCGCCAGCAGCUCGUGCGCGACAAGCAGCGCAACAACUUUGUCCGCGUCGCCGGAUCCAUGCUGCGCGACGAGGGCGCACGCAGCUUCUUCAACGGCGUCACCGCCAGCUGCCUCCGCGAACUCACCUACAGCACCGUCCGCUUUGGCCUCUACGAGACCUUCAAGGACCUCUACUCGGACCUGCUGGGCGUCUCGGAGCAGUCGUUUGCGCUCAAGGCCCUUAGCGGAAUCACGAGCGGCGCAAUCGGAUCCGCCUUUGCCUGCCCGACAGAUCUGCUCAAGGUGCGCAUGCAGGCCAACCGGCCAAACGGUCGGCCGCCCUACCGCAACACGUUCGUCGGGUUCGCAGAAGUCUUCAGGGAGGGAGCCCGGGCGCCCGGCGCCGGCGGCAGUGCCUUUGUCGGCGGCGUCAAAUCCCUCUACCGCGGCGUGUGGCCCACGACGAUCCGCGCCGCCGUCCUCACCUCGAGCCAGAUUGGCAGCUACGACCAGGUCAAGUCGAUGGUCAAGAGGGCUGGCCUCAUGGACGAGGGUCUGCCGCUCCACUUUAGCGCAAGUCUGGUGGCAGGCCUGUUCGCCUCGAUUGCGUCGGCGCCGUUCGACACGAUCAAGGUGCGGCUGAUGCAGGACAAGGAGCGCGAGUUCAAAAACGCCUUCGACUGCGUCGGCAAGCUCAUCAAAAACGAAGGUCCAUUGGCGCUGUACAAGGGCUUCGCCAUGUGUUGGGCUCGCCUCGGAUCGCAUACCGUCAUCUCGCUGAUUCUGUUCGAAGAGUUCCGCGCUCUGUUCGGCGUCAAGCCGCUGUAG